AAAACGAAGCGAAAAACAUCGACAGGAAUCAACGAAAGGAAACGACAUGUUUGGAUCAUUGGUCCUGUUACCUUCAGCUUUCCUGCUGUUUAUGGUUUUCAUAACCGGGGAAACAGUAGUGAACGUGAAUAAUCCCAUUUCUCCGAAAGAGUACCAAGCUAAGAUUCGAGCAGGAUUUUCCACAAAUUGGUUCAAAUCGAAGCCGCCACUCAAAAAGUACUCGGAACAGAACAUCAUAGACGUCCAUGAGAAAGGCUUUAGUAACUUAAGGCUUCGAUGUAGGGCAGAUCUGUACUCAUACGACUUCUCCACUGUCGAAUUCAAACAGUUUCUUGGGUCUCUGACGACCGUUGUCGACGAUUGUAUGAAACACGAUGUUAUUCCAAUUAUCUCCUGGAUACACCACCACGCAGAAGCCUACGCUACAGAGAAGGAUCGUGUCGCCUAUGUUGGUUGGUGGACAGCUGUGGCACGCCAGUUAAAGGACAAGGACUACAGACUGAGUUUUAAUCUCUUCACAGAACUUGGAAUUGACACUUGUAAAGAAGAAGGCAAAAGUUGUGACAAAAGUCUUCGCAGGAGAACAGACAAAUACAACGAGUGGACAAAAAAUGUAACAAAAACGAUUCGAGGUACGGGUGGAAAUAACGCAAAGCGAAUACUCAUUCUUGGGUCACCAGGAAAAACUGCCAAGGACUUACCUAAAAUCGAUUCAGAAAUUUACAAAAAUGAUCGGUAUAUGAUGGUUGAAUGGCAUCUUUAUGCUUCAGGGCCAAACAAAGAGAAGGAUUCCCAAAAGUAUUGGAGUGGUGAUGGUAAAUCUGGAGGCCAAGCAAAUGUCGAAGAAGCAAUUAGCUACGCGACGAGUUUUUCGAACAAGACUGGUCUGCUGACCUAUCUUGGUGCUUGGAUGCCUCACGAUAACGCAAACGGAAGCAUAACAGAAACAGAAGCCAUAAAAUUUGCCCGUUUCUUUGUUAAGGAGCUGCGUAAGGAGAACAUACCGUGGUCCCUGAACGUUCUGGACAACUAUUACGACACCAAGAAAAGCAAAUGGCGGACAGAGACUCAAGUCAUCAAAGAUCAGCAGUUAAAGAUGGCCAAGAUUUUGAACAAUAUUCAUAAAGAAAUGCCAAAGGCUAUUUAUUAG